AUGAACGAGUGCCGUACUGUAGCAACCCCUCUAGAACCAGGAGUUACAUUAUCAAUUGAGCAUGGUCCUUCUACAGAUGAAGAAAGGGAGCAAAUGGUACGGGUGUCAUACAGGGAACUUAUUGGCUCUUUAAUGUAUUUGGCGCUUUACACUAGGCCUGACAUACAGUACACUGUAACUAAGUUGUCUCAAUACAACAUAAAUCCUGGUAAAGUCCAUUGGGUACAAGCUAAACAUGUGCUCAGAUACUUGAUGAAAACGAAGGAGUAUAAAUUAAUACAUACUGGGUGUAACGAGAAGCCUAAAAUAAAGUUAUAUUCCGAUGCGGACUGGGCUGCAGAUGUAGACCAGCGGCAUUCUUACUCAGGGAUGGUGAUACGUUGGAUAAAAACCUUGUACAAUGACGUACCACUAAGCAAAAGAGUUUAG